AUGCGCUUCUUUACCUCCCUCGCUAUCGCCGCCAUGGCCGCCGUCGUCUCGGCGAACAGCAAGGCUAACCCCUUUAGCAUUCCCACCGAUGGUUACACCUUCACGACUGGCGAGGCUACUGCCCUGAAAUGGGAGCCUACCACCACCGGCACUAUUAGCUUGAUCCUGCAGUGGGGAGCCGUGCUCAACGGUAACAGCGGCACUGUCAUUGCCUCCAACAUCGCCAAUGACGGCAGCUACACAUGGAAUGUGCCUUCCAAGCUCGCCGCCGAGCCCGACUACACCAUUAAGAUCGUCUCGGACGAGGAUAGCAAUGACUACAACUACAUCGGUCGUUUCACCGUCGAGGGUGCCACCGUCUCUGUCUCUUCUUCCAGUGCCAGCUCGACCGCCACAUCCACUUCUACCGAGUCCUCCACCGAGUCAUCUACUUCCGCUACUCGUACCAGCACCGGCACUAGCACUUCGGAAACCUCGGCCUCGAGCUCUUCCGCCACCACCAGCGGUUCCACCACCUUGACCACUGCUUCCAGCACUGUCGCUAGCACCUCUGCCUCUGCCACUACCUCUGAGAGCUCCAGCACUGCCGAGUCCACCUCGACCAGCGCCAGCUCCUCGGCUGCUUCCCAGAGCGCCGUGCCCACCACCAACGCUGGUAUCGCCAACCGUGUCUCCGGUGGCAUGCUUGCCAUCGUUGCCGGUGCUCUGAUGCUGUAA